UCAUCAUCUUCAGAGUCAACAUCUCUACCUACCUCUCCUUUCCACUCGUUUAUUUCAACUCACUCUAAAAUAUCUUCCUACAACUUUCCAUCAAAUCUGCAACAACUUCUCUACAAAAAUGGCGAUUUCAUCAACCGCACUGAAUCUCAACUCACUCUACAAACCACCACACACAUCACCGACACUUUUAUCUUCUUCCAAUUCAUCCUUGUUCACCAACACUUUCAAACCCUUGAAUCUGGUUCACGCACACAGAUCCAGUAAAAAAACAGGUUUGUCGGUUAAUUGUAUGUUCGGUUUAGGUGUGCCGGAGCUUGCGGUUAUUGCCGGUGUUGCUACGCUUGUAUUUGGACCUAAGGCGUUGCCGGAAAUUGGUCGGAACUUUGGGAAAACGUUGAAGAGCUUUCAACAGGCAGCCAAAGAAUUUGAAACAGAGCUGAAAAAGGAUGACCCCGAAUUACUUGAAGAAUCAGCUACUGCAGUGAAUGAGAUGGUGGAUCAGGAAAACCAAGACGCCAAAAGCACGCAAGUGAGUUUAUAGAUUGGCUAGCAUAACACGCGCAUUACAUAGUGUAUCUUCUGAUACGCUUAGCUAAUAAGCAAAAACUCGAUUUUGUAACAUUGUUAGCACUUUGAUCAUCAGUUACUUUUGUUAUUUGCUAUAUGAUUUUCAUUUCAAUGUC